AUGGCACUCGGUAAACUCAUAGUCUCGGCUCUCUGCUGUUGCGCCGCGUUUGCCUGUCUCUCUGGCAUACGACGAGCCAGAUGCAGGGCUCCUUUCCCGCCAACACCUCCUCCAAGCUGGAUUCCAUUCGUUGGGAAUGCCUUGCAGAUGCCCACGAGACAAGAAUGGCUUGAGAUGGCGAAGUGGGCGAGGGAGCUUGGGCCCGUCUUCAUGAUCAACGCGUUGGGGAGCAGGAUCAUCUUCAUCAGCACUCCUCAAAUCGCACAGGAUCUAUUUGUACAUCGUUCGAAAGACUAUUCGGAUCGCCCCCAGUCAGUCAUGGUCAGCGAACUAAUGGGUUGGAAGUUCGCCUUCUCCCUUAUGAACUUCACGGAUCCCGCGUUUUCAGUCUUCCGCAGGAUCUUUGUACGAGAGUUCAGUAGCCACACGAUGAAUACAUAUCGCGAAGCGAUCACCCACGAGACUCAUACCUGCCUGAGGCAACUCGUGCAGAAACCUGAAGACUUCAGAAAGCACCUGUAUAAUCAAGUCGUCGGGUCCAAUAUGGCCAUCGCUUAUGGAUACCCUAACGCUCACUCCGAGGAUGCACAUGUGCAAGCAGCCGAGAAGGCUAUGCAAUCAAUUGUCGCAGUCAUGCGCCCGGGAAGCUUCUGGCUUGUCAAUGUGUUCCCCCUUCUGAAAUAUAUUCCACCGUGGUUUCCUGGUGCAAACUUUCGACGCGUGGCCCAGGAAGGACACAAACUAGUGGACAAUAUGCGCACCGGUGUUCUGGAGUGGUCGCUGGAGCAACACAAGGAGGGCAAGACCCAAUCAUCCUUCUUCACGAGGCUCAUGGACUCAUAUCAAAAUGGCGAUAUCAGCCUGGAUAUUGUGCGUGAUAGUUGCGCUGCCUUUCAUUCAGUUGCGUCGGACACCACCAUAUCCGCUCUCCUGACAUUUGUACUUGCGAUGUUGCACGCUCCAGAGGUCCAAGCACGGGCGCAACAAGAAUUGGAUAGUGUCACUGGUGGUCGACGACUCCCGGAUUUCUCGGACCGCGCAUCGCUGCCUUAUAUUGAUGCUUUAGUCAAGGAAGUGCUGAGGUGGCAUCCAGUGGCACCAUUCGGACUACCACACGUAUCGCGAGUGAACUACGUAUACAACGGCAUGUUUAUACCCGCGAAUACGGUCAUCCUGCCCAAUCAAUAUGCUAUGUGCUACGAUGACACCGUCUAUCCGGAGCCGCACGUCUUCCGACCGGAGCGUUUCAUGGGGGCCAACAAACAACAGGAUCCGGACACCGUCGCGUUUGGAUUCGGUGCGCGUAUCUGUCCCGGACGACACUUGGCCCAACUCAUUCUCUGGCUGGAUUUUGCCUCCAUUUUAUCAUGCUUCACCAUCGAGCGGCCAAGGGAUGAAGAUGGGAAGGAAUAUCUUCCGCCUCGCGAAUUCACGAGUGGUCUCACGAGCCACCCGGAGGCCUUAGAAUGCCGCUUCGUGCCUCGCCCGGGUUGGUCAGCUGUGAUACAGGACAGCGCAACGUCGUAG